AUGUGCUCAUCUGACGUAUUUUUCGGUGACAGUUUCAAUCAAAAUCAGUGGAACAGCAAAUGCGAAGACACUUGUCAUAUUGAUAUUGGUUAUUCUAGCCAUUCAGAGGAGCAAUUUGAAUCUGAAUUGGAGGCUAUGAAUAAUGGUGACUUGUCUUCAGUCAGAAAUUUAGAAUUACAAUUAGCUGCCUACAAUCGAAUCGUUUCUCUGUUAUAUAAUCGUCUUUCAACAGAUCACUUUCAACUAGUACAAUUAUUAAAUAAUUUGAACGAGUGUGGUGAUUCAGUUUCUGUUACUUUGUCAACUUUAUCCCAACUUAAUCCACAUCCUAGUGUUUUAGACAUAUGUUCUAAUGUAACAUCAACACGUAGUCAAUUAAAACAUAUUCAGUCUCUCUUGCUAUCCCGUGAACAAAAUGCCUCAGAUAAUUUGAAAAUCAUUUAUACAUUCCAACAAAAAUUAGAAGAACUCAUUAAACAAUGCAAAAUCAAAGCUCAAAAUUCACUUAAAACAGCUAAACACAAUUCUGUUCAAACUGAUUCUCUAUCAAAGAAUGAACAACUUAAUCAGCAAACGUUUUCCGAUCCAAAGUCUAAUGGAUUUAAAAAUCCAGGAGAAAUUAAAUACGAAACUUUAUUAAAAUAUGGACUGGUUAAUCCAAGGAAUGUUCUCAAUCGUACACUAAAACAUUCUGGUUUUUCUGAAUCCGUUGAGCCAAAGAAGUGUGAAUUACAAGAAGCUUUAUUGAAUGCAGUUGGUCAACUGGAUCGUUUAAGAAAAUACCGUAUAAAUCAAAAAACACGUAUUGAUCAGUUACAAGAACGAUUAGAUCAUAUGGGUACUGAACUGGAUUCCAGUGUAGAUACUAUUCGUCAUCAUCAAACAAAUUAUGAGGCACAAAAACGUAGAACCUCUAUGGAGAUUACUCAUUUACGUAAUCAAUUAGCUAAAGCAACUGCUUUAUUAGAACAGUUUAAAUUAUUCUUCAGUAAAACAAAUCUGAACACUAGUUCUUUGAACCAAAAUAUGCGAGUUCUCAUUGGGAAUUUACUAAAACAUUUACACACAAAUAAUGAACUGCAAGAUAUAGAUACUUUAAGUAUCGAUGAUUUAAAACUGAAAUUAUCUAUUGCUCAAAAUGAGCUUACUCAAUUACGAUUAGAUAUGGCACGUCAAAGAGAAGAUGAUGAUCGUGAGGCAUCAAGACUUCGGGGUCAGUUAGCUGAAGCAAGUUCAGAUGCAAGAGCUUUACGGAUGCAGUUAAAUCGCCUUAUAUCACAAAGCAUUUCUUCAAGCAAACUUAAUGGUUUGGCGAAUACAAACUCAUCUGACUCCUCAAGCUGUACAAACUGUCAAAAACUUCAACGUCUCAACGAUGUUUUACAACGGAAACAAUCUAAUAUGAACCCGUUUCCUGAUUUAAUCAAUCAUCAAGGGAAUAUAAUAAAUCAUCAGAAUUUUGUUUGUGAGGACAGCAUCGUUACGAAGAAAGCAAUACACAAGCCACACUUUAUAGACAGUUUCGUUCAGACAGAUUUGUUGAAUGAUAUUCCCGCAACUGAUUUUGUCCAAAAGGUUGAUAUAGCUAUUGACCCUAUUGAUGGACACGAUAACAUCUCACCACAUCUCCCGGUUAAAAAUUGUAAAUAUGUUCAAACGGAAUCAUUCAUCAUAGGCAAUGGCAUAACUUCAUGCGAAACUUCAUCCGGUGUAAUUUUGAUGAAUGGAAGUUUAAAAUAUGGUAGUGUGAACGAACCAAGCAUCCUAAGUGAGGUUCAGUUAAAUAAUCUUCAUGUAUCCAAUAAAUCGGCACCAGUAUCAUUAAUGAGAAAUGACAAUGAAGCAGUAAUAAAUAGUUAUCAAAAUUCGAUGCUUCAUUCAAUUAGUGAAUUAAAGCAUGAUAACUUGGUUAACCCGAACCAAAGUGUUGAUGAAGAUUCGUUACAUUCUCAGUUGUUACAGCGAAUAAAAGUAGCUGAGGAGGAAGCAAUUAUGGCUAUGGAUCAGUUGAAGGCAAGUAAUGCAGAGUUUCUUACUUUGAAAGAACGCUUAUCCCAUGCAACUGUAGAACGUGCACAUUUAAAAGCAACCAUUGAAGGAUUGGAUGAACAGGUCGCGUUACUUGAAGACUCUUUGUAUGAGCGUACACAGGAACUUCGUAGAAGUCAAAUACUUCUUGGAAAAUAUUGUCCAACGUACCAAAAGCCUGUGACAUCAUAUUCUGUUGAACCUGAAAUACCGACAUCGGAAAUAUCUAUUAAAAUACAUGAACCAAACAAUAAUUAUACAGACGAAUCAGCAGUUGUUGAUUUGAGAGGUCUUCCUCAGUCUUUUGAACCUACAGAAUCAUUUCUACGUUCUCUACCCAUUAGAUUUAAAUCCUUACAUCAAUUAAUUAACCUAAAGGAUUGGCUAUCUGUUUUAUUGAAGCAGUUGGUUGUACGUAGUCAACAACUAACACCCAGAAUGUUUUGUGGUAUAAGAUUUACCUCAUUUCGUCUGCAAAGUCAACCUAGACCUAAAGCAAUGUUUAUAUUCUUGACUUAUUUCUUUGUUGUACAUCUAAUGCUAUUACAUUGCUGGUUAUUGUAA